AGUUUGUGUUGGGUGGUUGUUGUGUGUAUGUUUGAUGUGUUUGUAGCUUAUAGGAAAAUUCAGAUAGUAAAGCAAAUGGAAGCGAUUCAUAGACGUGCUGGUAGUGACAGUCAGUCAAGGUCGUAUCAGAGUAUUGGUAUACUCGGUUCGCGUUCGGAUGCCCACACACCGUAUCUCACUCCGGAUGAUACUCCACCAGGAACUCCAACUUCUACUCGCAUAUCUCAAAGCGACUCAACAGUUUCUCUCGAACAUCCAAGCUCAGAUGAUAGCUUUCUGACAGCUGAACAACGACAAGAAUACAUUGAAAUUGGUCGCCAGUCCAUCCAAAUUUGUAUGGAGAUGGCAAAUGACACCAUGAGACCAUGGAAGACAGAGAAACUUGCAGACGCCGGGCGAGUCAUCUGUGAGUCAUUAGAACGUCCCAAGCCACAGACGAAGCUGUUUCGAUGCAGAGGUGUGGUGCCGUGUUCUUCUGUCGAGAUUUUUCGUAUUCUUUAUUUGGAGUGCGAGAAGACGCCACAGUGGAACUCGUCAGUCGCAAAAUGCGAGGUUCUUUAUCGUAUUGACAACCGUACAGAUAUAAUCUAUAACAUAGCGGCAGAAGCAGCCGGUGGGAUGGUGUCUCGUCGCGACUUUGUUAAUGUGCGGUAUUGGGAGAAACAAGGUGAUAUAUACAUUUCAGGAGGAAAGGGAAUUGAGUACAGUAGGAUGCCAAAGCAAGAUGGGAUCAUUAGGGGACUGAACGGUCCAGGCGGUUACAUCAUGGCUCCAUCUUCACACAAUCACCAGCACUCAUUAGUCACGUGGGUCCUAGACACAGACCUAAAGGGUUGGAUACCUCAGUAUAUCAUCGAUAAAGCUCUCGCGGGUGUGAUGUUGAACUUCUUUUCUUCCUUGACUGAGCGCGUUGAGAGACUACGAAGAGAAGGUGGUUUGCAUAGUUAGAAAGUUAAAGGCCAAUUUAGUGAGAGCUUGCAGCGAGAUUUGAAUUAUAUACAGCAGUAUAUGUGUAUUGUAUUGUAUUGUAUUGUAUGUUGACAGACUCUGCAUGAUGUCAGUUGAUUGCCUGCCGUGUUGCGAAAAUUAAAUUUUUUGAAUGGUAAAACGUGAUGAUAUCCAGUAUGUCGACUGUCGUCAUGGUGAUUGAUUUUUAUAGCAAUUGUUUAUAUCAACCACUUACAGCAACCAUAUCGAUAACAAUAUAUAGACAACUAUA